ACAAGUAAAUCUUCACGUCGGGGAGAAAUCCUAUGAAAGGUCAGACAUGUUGGAAUGUCCAGUUUGUGGGGCAUUUUCUGCUUCAACAGUGAAUGCGUUGAAUGCUCAUGUUGAUAGCUGCCUUGCUCAAGCAUCUAGACAAGCGAGGCGCCAAAUGAGGAUGCUAAUUAGGCCUACAAAAUCAAGAACCCCCAAGAAACGUUCCAUCACUGAGAUUUUUGCUGUGGCUCCUCAGAUCCAGAAGGUUGAUGCUCUUGAGGAAGAUGAAAAUGGAGGCCUGGAAGAGUUGAAUUGCAAGACUGAGAGGCCAAAGAAGAAGAAAGUGGCAAUCGUGAAAAAGUUGAUGAACAAAAGGACUAAGUUGAAAAAGAAGAAUAACAAGCAAAAUGGGCUGAUGAUUGUUAACAAGGAAAAUGGUACCAAGCUGAAGCUGCAAACUCCUGUCAAUUUCAGUAGAAAAGCUAAUCAUACACUGUGCAAUAGGGGCUCGAAUGCGAUUGCUGUCCCUGGAGAGAAACCAAGUCUGAAAUGCAUGUCUGCAAAGAAGAAAAGGAAGGUGGUUCAAGCAUCGCAACUAAUUGUAGAGUGUGAAAAGCCAUGUUCGCCUGUUCGUGGCAUUCUCAAGAACCCGGUCAAAAGUAUUUCUGGGAAAAAUGCUGUAACAUGCAAUUUGAGGGUCACUACUCUAGCAAGCACCAGUGGCAUUCAACAUUCAGUCAGGCAUGUCAGUUUCUCAGGUAAGGAUGACAUACUUGGUCCACAUAAGAAACAUGUUGCUUCAUUCGAGGAAAAUAUCUGCCGUGUUGAUUCCGAUUCACUUGAGCUGUUGGAAAAAGGCCACGAGAAUGAUGACGAUAAAGAAUUUCCGACUGGAGAGAGAAACACAAGUGACGAUGAGGAUGUCUCUUUUAGCACAGAAAAUGAGAUUACGGUGCAAGAUGCAAAGGAGAAGCAACUGUGGCCUGAUAUGCAUUAUAAUGAUUAUAUACCAAAAUUUCUCGGACCACGUAUCUCGGCGCAAGAAAAAGAAAAUCAAUUUUCAAAUCGAUCUUUGCGUCCAGGUCAAGUCGUAUUAGGGUCUGGUAAUUUGCAUAUGUCUAACCAAGGUAAUCAAACUGCAUUUCAUAGCCCUCCGUAUGCUGUGGCUCCUAGACACUUCUCUGCAGUGGAAGGGAUCCAGAAUCCUUUUUCCAACUCUCAAGUAGGUGGGGGUGUUUCAACAAUUUUGAAAUGCAGUUCCCAAUUUGUUGAUUAUUUUGGAGAUCGCACCCAGGAAGUCGCUAUAAGUUCUAAGGCAAGUCCGAGGGCAUCUUUGCAUCCUUCAUCAUCUGGUUUUUCUUCGAGUAAAAACGCAAAUGGAAAUUCCCCGUUUACAUCACAAUUCGCAUCACAAAAUGUUUCUGGUCAUGCUUUGUCUCAUCAGCUAUUGUAUCGGCCGACUCCUAGUGAACUGAGGGGGAGGUUGUGUCCCUUCCUGGACCGUGAAUGGAAGGAAGUUGCCUUAAGAGAAAAGUUCCGGGACGAGGAAUUUUUGGGCUUGCCUCUUAAUUCACUAGGUGAACUAGUGCAGACCAAUGCAAAUGGAAAAGGAGGACUCAACCAGCAAAAGAAACCGAAUCCAACACCAGGUUCUUCCAAUAGCAUUAAAAAUCUCCGCUUGCCACGGGGCGUGGAUGAUCAUUCAGUCAUGAAAGGGAAGCAUUUUAUUGAAAGAGCACUUCCAAACUACUUAUUUCCUGCUCAGAAUCAAAUGAACAUACAUUCAUCGGCUAGAGUAGGGGCUGCAGAUUUACAAGACCAUAGAAAAGAUGGCUACUUUACAAAUUCUGAUAGGAGAUGCAGCCGCUUUGAUUGUUUGAUGGAUUCAGACAUAAAUCUGAUGAACAUCUCUUUCAGUGGAUGCGAACAAUAUGACCAGUUUCAGAACCCAAAGGAAAAAGACAUGAGCCAUGCAACGGAAACUGCAGAGAUGUUGCUGAAUAGUGCCACUGCAACAAUAAGGUUGAUGGGAAAAGAUGUUACAAUUCGUCAAAGCAGCGAUGAAAGACAAGGAUUUGCAGAUGCUCCUAAAAGUACUGCCCUUCAGAAUUCCUGUGUUAAUAAACAUUUUCAGCAAGACUGGCAUCUGGAUCGAGCAUCAGGAAUGCGUAGUGAAGCAACUGUUCGACAAUUUGAAAUAGCGAGAAAUCAGGCCUUUCCCAGCAAUGUACUCAUGAAGCCUCUUGAAUCUAAUUUCUUUCAACCAAGCCUUAACUGGCAAGCAAAUCCGGAAUUCCAAAAUAGCAGCAGCAUUACAUUUGCUCAAGAUCCUAGUCCAAGCUCACACCAUUUUGCUCAUCCACAUACAUCCCAUGCUACAUUUGAAAAUGGAGCUGACUUUCAUCAGUCUUUCUUAUCAGGAACAGAAGCAUUAAGAGUUACUUCCCGACAACCGGCUGUAUCUGCUUCACGCCGAAAGUAUCAGAAUAUAAAGGGGUAUUCUGUUGAACUCGAAAACAACCAGAAUCUACAGAAUGCUGGAAAGUCAUCUUUCAACUUUCCCUUUUUGCACCCAGAUCAUGUUGAACAAGUCCAACCAUAUUGGUGUCCAGAAUCCUCAAAGAGCCUGAUCCCACGGUUAUUACAAGCAACACAGCAAGUGCAGGCACCUAGUACACCUUCUCAACUGUUUCCUGAUGUGGGUGGUAGACAUUGUCCGCAUUCUGCUCAUACUAGUUUUCUUAUUAACCGCUCGGUUCCUCGUUUUCCAAUAGUUUCUUAUGAUCGCAAUCCAUCUUUAGUUCACUCCCCAUUCACCUCAUCGCUCCCGGUAGUUAAACCAACAUCUGUUAACCUAAGCCAGAGGAAUGGAAUCAAGUUCAAAGACAGAAUGAAGUCAAAAAUUGUCAGCAGUAAGGAUUCUGAUAUUUGCCAGAAGACAAGGAAGGGGCCUGCGCUUAAAGCAGAUUAUCCAAUGAAUCCCAUGAAGGUAAAAAAUCUAGGAAUUCGAGAUGAAUCAAGAGCUGCAACUCGGUUGACAAGAGAAAACUUCACUGAUGACAUUCAACGUAACAUGGAAUCACUUGAAAUCGAACCUGAAAGGAAUGAAGCAAGCUUUGGAGGAUGGAUUCCAAACCAGUCUCAAUGCAUUGAGUUUGGACUUUCAGCUGGAAUCGGUUCUUCCAAUGUUGAUUCAUAUGGUGUGACAAGAUUGAGUCCAAUUAAACUGAGUCCUGGAGUGAAGCACAUCCUGCAACCCAACCAAAAUGCGGAUCAGGAUAACUCAAGGUUGAUCCAUUCAACCAUCCCUUUUGCAUCCCUGACCAAGAGCGGCAACAUGUCGGAUACUCGGAAGAAAUCAACAAAGAUUUACAGGUUUUAGACUGUCUACUAGCCUAGCGGGAUACGAGGCCGAAUUUCAAUGCUCCUUGCUUUCAAGUUCCGUGGAAUCAAUUAAAGAAUGAAGCUCAGGUUUCAUGAUUUGCUGCCAUCAUCAACCAGUGAGGUUGUAUAUUUAUAUACAUAUGUUGUAUUGACGGACAUAAAGAGCAAAAAAACCCCCCCAAAAAAAAUCACUUGCAUCAGUUAAAUUAUUACAUCAUGAAUGAAGCUCUAGGCCAAGUGUUCCAACAAAAAGUUGUGUUCUUAAUUUAAGGUUUGUGUACUGGGAAUUUGGAACCCAAAGUAGUAAAAGUGGAUUUAUGCUUUCACAGACCAUUUUCUUAUUAAA